AUGUGGUAUCUUACAUCUGAUAACGACAACAGGAUAAUAUAUGUGUACCAAGAUAAAAUUGUUACAAUUGGAAGAAGUAUCGAUGCUCAGAACAGCAACUUUGCAGUCCCGGAUGACCCUUCUCUUAGCAGGAAACAUGCAACAUUGUCAGUGACAAAUAAUGAGCUCUUCUUACGAGACCUAGGGUCAAAAUAUGGCACAUAUAUUAACAAUAACAUAGAAAAAGUUGCGAGUGAAGUAGACCACACACUGCACUCUGGAGAUGUAGUUAGAUUUGGCAAAAUGAACUGUAAGUGGAAUGUUAAACAGAUUGAUUUUAUAACAUGCACUUCAACAUUAAAAGGAGAAAAUCUUCAAAGGUUAAAGAUUAAUCUAGGAAAACUAGGAGGAAUCUUGAAAAAUGAAUGGGAUGAUACAUGUUAUUAUUUAACAAUGCCAGCAAUUACACUGACAAUUAAAGUUGUUUUGGCUCUAGUGCAAGGGUCUCAUAUUGUUUCAACAGACUACUGGAAGAAAUGCCUUGACGCUAUCUCAAAUAACGAACCUUUACCUAGUCCAAAGGAUUAUACACCCCAAAUUAUAGAAACAACACUCAAUAAGGAAAUAGUGUCAUUUCAUCCUAAUUCACAGAGACAAGAGUUAUUUACUGGAAAAACAUUCAUUUUUUUCUCUAAGAGGCAGUUAGAAAUGUAUAAGAUUGUUCUUAUAAAAAGUUCUGCCAUACCUCUUUUGUUAAGUGAAUGUAAAAUAACGAAGGCAGGCCUUUGCAACCAAAACGUUAUUGUAAUCCAGUAUAAUGUAACAUCAACAUCCCAAGAAACUCAAGCUCAAAAGGAUCAGAUCAAUGAUAUUGUUUCAUAUUUAAAGAGUAAAGGAAAAAGAAUAAUACCUGACCCAGAAAUUGGCUUGGCUGUUUUAUAUUGUUCAAUGUCUAAGUACUGUAAUCCUGAUUUUAAUCUCACAUCAGAAGUUAUUAAACAUGCACCCAGCAAUGCUCAUAAAAGCAACAAAAUAUUAGCUCCAGAGUCACAAGAAACAACACAAAUAUUAGGAAAGAAAGAAAAUAUUAUAAUAAAUGAGAGUUUACAGUCCAAGAUUGAAUCUGAUUUUGAAACAGGUAGCUCAAAUGGAAAAAGAAAACUAAGUGGUGAUAAUACUGACAGCAACAGGCAGAACAAGAAAAUCCAUAUAUCCAACAAUAGUAAUAAAAGACAAGCCGAAGAGGAAUUAAGCAAUGACUCUAAAAAACAUGCAAUAGGAAUGCAUGAAGAUGACAUGUUUAACUUUGUUACAGACAGUAUAGAAAUAGAACCUGAUAAUUCUAAUGUAAAGUUAAAUUUAUCUAAGGCAUGUAAGAGGAAAGUUAUUGAUGAGGAUGAUGAUGAAUUGUUUAAUUUUGUGGGAGGUAAAAAACCCUGUACAGAAAAUGAUUCAGGUGAUGAUAUAAAUAUUCAGGUACCACAUAAAAGGUCUGUUGUAAAAGUUGAUGACGUCAAAGUUGAAGCACUGCGAGGAAUUAAAUUGCAAGAGUUAAUGGAGAAAAAUUCCAACAUAACCAAUACAAAAAUAAUUAAAAAGGAAGAUAUAUCAGAUUUGGAUGAAAAGUUUAAUAAUAUUGAUAUUGGAUCUACUACAAUUGUUAUAAGAAACGACUUAGUUAUUAAAAGAGAACCUUUGGAAAUUAAAGCAAAUAAUAGUGGUAUGAAAAAUUUCAAGAGAUUCAAGAAAGUUUGGCCUGUAAAAAUGCAGGUUUCUAUUGUAUCUUAG